AUGGCUCCCUCCUUGUCCAGCGCAGGCUCAUCACCACCUCGUCUCCCCGAUGUGGCUCUCGCCAGAAGGCGCUCCCAGUCGCGCACCUCGUCAGGCUCGUUCCGCUCCUCGCUCGGCGGCAAACCGAUCGGACCCAAGUACGGCGCCGCGAGCUCCUCCGCUCUCAGGCGCUCCGACAGUAGCUCCACCUCGGCCAGCUCCUUGGCCGUACUCAGUACGAACCUGUCGUCGCUUGAAUCGAGCCAUGGUGGUGCUCCGAGCCCGUGGGCGAAUACGAGUGAUAUCUCGAUCGGGGACUCCGCGCUUAGGUUCGGUAGCUUCUCGGCGACCCGGGAGGAAUUGCGAGAUGGUCAGUCCGGCAGAUAUCCUAUCCUCUUAUCCCUGCCUCGUAUCAUUCGAUAUCACGCGCGAUCAUGUUGUGAGCGUGCGAACAUCCCCCACCCCCAUCCCCCGACCUGAUCCAAAGGCGCGAUCGAACGAGUCUUAUCGCCGUCGUCGAUCCGCUCCAGGGUGUCUCUCUUCACCCCGCCUGCCCCCCACUCGCGACUGACCCCUGUCCCUGCCUCACUUGCCCGUUAAAUUUUCGGACCCCGCAUCUUCCCCACCCUCACUGCCACAGGUUCAGCAAGGUUGGCUUCUCUCUCUCUCAGUCAACCUUCUCCCAACCUCGCCACCGCCUCGGCACCUCAACCGAGCUUUCCCCUCGGAUCACCGUCCUACUCCCCCUUCGCAGCACCCCAAGAUCAGUCGUCCCGAGCCACCGCCGUCGAACCCAUCAACGCCCCCGCCGGUCCAAGUCAUUCCUCUUCCUCCCCAAACAACAACAGCCAUCUCAAACCAUCCCCUUCGAACCUCGCCCUCGCUCGUCCCUCGACGCUCUUCCAGUCCCAGUCAAACACUUCCUCCAUCGGGGACGUCGGAUCACCUUCUUCCCCCCUCGCCGUCUCAAGCGGCUUGAACGGCAGUCCCAACAGCGGUGGAACGGAUGAAAUCACCCCGACUCAGUCCAAAGUUGGUACACCAUCCAUGGGGCUCGGUCGAUCCUUGACGUUGAGCGUGAGAGAUGGUCCGAGUAGUGGCGAAGCGACCCCUCGGCCUUUGGGAACUCUGGGGGCCGAACAGGCCAAGUUGGACGCCAGCGCGGCCAAGCUGGCCAAGGCGAGACGUAAGGAAGAGAGGAAGCAACUCAAGUUGCAGAUCUUGGGGGACGAAACGGGUGGCACCGACAGUGGGGAAAGUGAAGAUGACGACAACGCCUUGGACGCCGACGGUGAGCGAUCGUCCGGAUCCGACGAGUCGCCUGACCACAGUCGGCCAGGGACAGUGAAUGGCUUCGCAGCGAACGAACAAACACCCCUUUUGGGACGAGGUCGAAGACCUUCUCAUACGGCGAGCAAACCGGUUUCCAUCAAAGCCGACGGCGGUAUUCUCGCCACUGUCUCGUCAGCUUUGGCUCACCGAGCGCACUCGGCUAUCCAGAGAGCUCGAUCCGUCAAAGUCACCCAGGAUGACCUCAAGCAAGGAGCUCGAGACUCGGUCACUGCACUGCCAGCCGUCAUCCUUGGUGUUCUGAUGAACAUACUCGAUGGUGUUUCGUACGGAUUGAUCAUGUUCCCGACGAACCUUCCCCGCUUCGCCGAUUUCGGCGGUAUCGGUGUCAGCAUGUUCUUCGUGUCGUGUGUCAUCAGUCAGCUCGUGUACAGUUCGGGUGGAUCGAUCUUCAAGGGUGGUAAUGGCUCGAUGAUGAUCGAGGUCGUGGUGAGUGCACGCGUUCACUCCAUAGUGUCUGAGCUACGAGUGUCGAUAGCUCAUUGGGUUGAUGUGUCCUCAAACGUAGCCGUUCUUCCAUUCGAUCGUCGGCAUCAUCUACAAACAUCUCUCCCAUGACAAGGACGUCGUAGCGACGACGAUGGUCGCUUUUGCGUUGUCGUCCAUCUUGACGGGAUUCGCGUUUGCGAUGCUCGGUUUCCUCAGGCUGGGGAGGUUGAGCGAGUUCUUCCCGCGCCAUAUCCUCGUGGGAUGCAUCGGGGGUGUCGGGGCCUUUUUGUUCAUUACGGGGUGAGUGUGAAUCUGAUUACGUUUGAUACGAGAUGAGGUCGUGGCGACUGAAUUUGCACCCGUCAACCUCCUAGACUGCAAGUGUCUGCUCGAUUGGAGGAUAGCAAGGGCUUGUCUCUCGAGCUGAUCCAACAGUACCUCGACCUCGAGAUCCUGCCACUCUGGGUACGUUUUUUUUUUCCGUCCCCGUUGAUAGCCCAAAGGCUGAGACAGCCCUUGUUGCCCUGUUUAGGUCAUCCCCCUAGUCCUAGCCGUUGUCUUGCGCCUCAUCACAGCGCGAUAUCAACAUCCUCUCAUCUUUCCCGGUUAUUUCCUCGCGAUCCCGUUGGUGUUCUACAUCAUUUCACUGUCGGCAAGGAUACCGAUCGCGAACUUGAGGGAGAAUGGAUGGGUUUUCCAGCUCAAUGGCGUGGAUAGCGAGUGGUACGAGUUUUGGACACUGUUUGGUGAGUCGAUCUCGGCCACGACUUCUGCAGAGGGAUGAUCAGGGCCUGAUGGAAAUUCGUCGAGAUCUGCUUUACAGACUUCCAAAAGACAGAUUGGUCCGCCCUGAUCGAAACGAUUCCGACGCAGCUUGCCCUCGUCUUCUUCGGCCUAUUGCACGUGCCCAUCAACGUCCCUGCUCUCGGCAUCUCGGUCGGCGAGGACAACGUCGACACUGAUCGCGAGCUCGUCGCACAUGGUAUCAGUAACGUCGUGGCGGGUUUGUUCGGUACGGUCCCAAACUAUCUUUGCUACGUCAAUUCGGUCCUCUUUUACAAGGUCGGUGGAACGACUCGAAUCUCGGGCUUCUUGUUGGCUGGAGGCUCGACCGGUGUCCUCCUCGCUGGUCCUGGGGUGAUUGGCUACCUACCCGUAUGCGUCGUCGGUGCCCUCAUCUUUAUCCUCGGGAUCGAUCUCGUUAAAGAAGCCGUCUGGGAUACGUACGGUCGCGUUUCUCGCCUCGAGUAUCUGACCAUCUGGGUUAUCGUCUUCGUCAUGACCGUAUGGGACUUUGUCGCCGGGAUCGGAGCGGGUAUCAUCCUCGCCAGUGUGUCCUUCGUCGUUUCCUCCUCCCAAAGACGAGCAAUUAGGACUAUCCUGACCGGUGCCGUCGCUCGAUCGACUGUACGUCGUCACCCCAAGCAAUCGGCCUUUCUCAAGGACGUGGGUCGACAAACACGCGUCAUCAAACUGCAAGGAUUCCUCUUCUUCGGCACCAUCUCGUCCUGCGAGACAACGAUCCGCAAGAUCCUCGAAGCGGCAGAAUGGUCCAAGAACCCGAUCCGGUUCCUCGUCUUGGAUUUUUCGAUGGCUUCCGGAGUGGAUUUCUCAGCGGCCGAAGCGUUCGUCCGCAUUCAACGACUGCUCGAUGAUAAGGAUGUGUUGUUGGUGUUGUGCGGAUGUGCGUCGGACUCGUCCGUCGGGAUCGCGUUGAGAAGUGUCGACCUUUGGGUCGAAGGACCCGAGUCCAAAGUCGAGGUCUUUGAAAACCUGAACGACGCACUUGAGGUUAGUCAACCGGGUCAUCUGAAGUUCAGCUGUUGCGCAAAAGCUGACUUGCAGUGAAUGGCUGGCGGGCAGUUCUGCGAGAACGCCUAUCUGCGUAGUCUCUAUUCGAAGAACUUUGAACAACCUCAUCGCACGAACUCACCCGGUGGACCGCCGGUGCUCACUUCUCAAAUUGAUAUGCCCAAGUCCGAACUCGAUAGUGCGAUCGAGGACUUUGGGCAAUCCCCAAGGGCGUCCCAUCUCCGAUACGCAGCCAAGGAAGCGAUGGCGAAAUGUGAGUAGACGACCGCUUCUGAAUUCCUAGGCUACGCAAGCUAAAGUUCCCCAUGAUUCAUGCUCAUAGCCGACGCCCCAGCUCCUCGAAGCAAUCUCAAACAACCCCUUCCCUUGCUGAUGCAAUCCCUCAAACCGUUCGCCGCGGACCUCAACGAAGACUACUGCUUCCGUCUCGUACCUUACUUCAAACGUAUCCACGUCGAAAGAGGAACGGUCCUCUGGGAACAAGACUCUGAAAGUGACAGUUUCUACCUCAUUGAAUCGGGGAUCUUAAGGGCGAAUUACGUUUUCGUGGAUCGGGCCCAUGCGAUCGUCGAGUCGAUGGUAGCUGGAACGGUCGCGGGAGAGAUGAGUUUCUUGUCGAGGAGUAGGAGGAAUGCUAGUCAGUAGUAUCCGCACUCGGAUCGUCACUCACGCACGCUUAGUGAAGUGAAGUGAAGCGAAGCUAAUGUAGUAAUCCUUCCUCGCCGUCGCAGCCGUGACCGCCGAACGCGAUUCCGUCCUCUGGAAACUCGACAUCACGCACCACGAGAAGAUGGGCCAAGAACAAGGGUGGGCGUUCACGAGGAAACUCGAGGCCUGUUUGUUGAGAAUCGCGUUGGAGGAACAGGACGUGCUCAUGGUUAGUCAUUAG